UGCGGGGAGCGCGUGGUCAUCAACAUCUCGGGGCUGCGCUUCGAGACGCAGCUGAAGACCCUCGGCCAGUUCCCCGAGACGCUGCUGGGCGACCCCAAGCGGCGCAUGCGGUACUUCGACCCCCUCCGCAACGAGUACUUCUUCGACCGCAACCGGCCCAGCUUCGACGCCAUCCUCUACUACUACCAGUCCGGGGGCCGCAUCCGCCGGCCCGUCAACGUGCCCAUCGACAUCUUCUCCGAGGAGAUCCGCUUCUACCAGCUGGGCGAGGAGGCCAUGGAGAAGUUCCGCGAGGACGAGGGCUUCCUGCGGGAGGAGGAGCGGCCCCUGCCCCGCCGCGACUUCCAGCGCCAGGUGUGGCUGCUCUUCGAGUACCCCGAGAGCUCCGGGCCGGCGCGGGGCAUCGCCGUCGUGUCCGUGCUGGUCAUCCUCAUCUCCAUUGUCAUCUUCUGCCUGGAGACGCUGCCCGAGUUCCGCGACUACCUCGCCUCGCCGUCGCAGGACGCGCUCGAGGCGGCCGGCAACGGCACGUCGGGGGCGCCCGCGGGGGCCUCCAGCUUCUCGGACCCCUUCUUCGUGGUGGAGACCCUGUGCAUCAUCUGGUUCUCCUUCGAGCUGCUGGUGCGGUUCUUCGCGUGCCCCAGCAAAGCCACCUUCUCGCGAAACAUCAUGAACCUGAUCGACAUCGUGGCCAUCAUCCCGUAUUUCAUCACUCUGGGCACCGAGCUGGCUGAGCGACAGGGCAACGGGCAGCAGGCCAUGUCCCUGGCCAUCCUGAGGGUCAUCCGCCUGGUGAGGGUCUUCCGCAUCUUCAAGCUCUCCCGCCACUCCAAGGGGCUGCAGAUCCUGGGGCAGACGCUGAAGGCGUCCAUGCGGGAGCUGGGGCUGCUCAUCUUCUUCCUGUUUAUCGGGGUCAUCCUCUUCUCCAGCGCGGUCUACUUUGCCGAGGCAGACGACCCCACUUCGGGUUUCAGCAGCAUCCCGGACGCCUUCUGGUGGGCGGUGGUCACCAUGACAACGGUAGGCUACGGCGACAUGCACCCAGUGACCAUAGGGGGCAAGAUCGUGGGCUCGCUCUGUGCCAUCGCCGGCGUCUUGACCAUUGCGUUGCCGGUUCCCGUGAUCGUCUCCAACUUCAAUUACUUCUACCACCGGGAGACAGAGGGGGAAGAGCAAGCCCAGUACAUGCACGUGGGAAGUUGCCAGCACCUCUCCCCUUCCGCCGAGGAGCUCCGGAAAGCCAGGAGUAACUCGACUCUGAGUAAGUCGGAGUAUAUGGUGAUCGAAGAGGGGGGUAUGAACCAUAGCGCCUUCCCCCAGACCCCUUUCAAAACGGGCAAUUCCACGGCCACCUGCACCACGAACAAUAAUCCCAACUCCUGUGUCAACGUCAAAAAGGUAUUCACCGAUGUUUAAUAGGUGAUGCAAGUGACAUGCUGUGCUCGGUAUUUUGUGGAACGUGCCCCCUUGGUCUGUGUAUGCCCUUGUUUUAUACAUUUCCAGACCAUCCGUCAAGGAAAGGACUUGAAGAAGUGGGAGGCACACUUCAUCAUUCUCCCUCUCCCUACUGCUUCAUACUGAAACAGGUGCCUGUUUUGCAAGUGGGCUGCAUUCUCUCAGCUCUCCUUUUAACCCCUCCUUCUUUCUCUUAACAUUGUAAACAACAAACUUACAUCAAACUUGAUUUCUAGUACACACCCUAUUAAAAAAAAAAAAGUACAUCCUGGGAGGAAACGAAACUAAAGAACAGUUAGAGUAACUGCUUAACCUCAAAAUUUUCAAAGGCAGUUUUUUUUUUUCUUUACUAAGUAAAGCACAUCGGUUCUUAAAUGAUGCUUCAGUGUGAUGGACCUUUCAACAUUAUUUAUUAAAUAUCUAGUUCAGUUGCCUACCCUGUAGACACGUGGAUGAAAAGUCUAACUAGAAAAAUGACUUGUAAACCCACAAGGUUUUCAGUUUUGGCCUGGAAUUUCUAUUUGAAUCCUCCCUCCCGGAAUUUUAAGGGUCUCUACAAUUUUGAAUAAAGAGAAAUACCCGGCAUGUCAUCAUCUGACUAAUUAUUUUAAUGGAGUUUUCUAAGCACUUCUAAAGUAUUAGACUAACAGAUUCCUGUGAAGUUCUGUGCAUAUGUCCCGGCCAACAUCUAUCAAAGUCUAGAAACAGAGGUUUUCAGUGCUGCUGAGAGAAACAAAAAAUGUCCUAAUGCAUCUGAGAGAUAAGCUUCUGCAGUAUCACAAGAAGAUUAAAGUGGCAGACACCCCUUCCAGUGGAAGUUACUAAUUCGGACCUGACUGAUGCAGUUCCCAUAGCAACCCAUGUUUCCUGGGAAACCCGAAAAAGGUUGUCAUGGCAUCUCUUGCUCUCUAGCCCCACCCCAUAGCCCCUGCUGUUUCCACAGUAACCUUUCCAGAUGGUUCCUACUUACAUGAUUUCAUAAAGAAAACCACUAUUUGAAUAAGCCACACAAAGUUAAGUUUGAGACUCGAGGUGAAAUGAAUCACAAAACAUAUUUUUUUUAAACUGUGAAAAUCAUUGAUGUCAUCCAUAAUGACUAAAUCAAGAAGGAGAAUAUGGUGUUUGGAAUGUUAGAUAUUAACCACAAUAAGGCAUGAUCUGGAUUAAAUGCCAGUUAUUGGGCAAUAAUUUUAAAAGUUGCUUCUCUGCAGUUUUCUUUCUCCAAGAAUUUUCAAGCCAACAAAUAAAAUUAAAAAGCAAAUGCAAACAUGCCCUGUACACAAGAAAAUGAGAGAUUCAAUCCAUGUACCUGAAACCUUACUGCAAGGGACCUUCAGACUUCCUUUUAAAAAAAAACUUUCCAGAUCCCCAUCAUUACAGCACUUGAAAAGCUAAAAUAAACUUCAGAUACAUAAAGGAUGCACGUUUUUAACUGAGGGAAUUGCAGACAAUCAAUGAAAAGGAGAGAUGGGAAGUAACCAUAUCUUGGGAGAACACCUCCAAGUUUCAGCCAUAUGCCAAGGGUUGCCAGAAGACAGAAGAAUCAGAUCCUUGAAGAACUCCCCGCAUAAAGAACUGUAGAACUGCACUGACCAGUACAAUGCUCAGUUUUCAUUUGCCUGGAUCAAGAAUGCUGUGGCAGUUCCAUCACUAGUGGACAGUGAAUGAUCUGUCUGCGAUCACGUAGUUUUGUUUCAGUUGACAUUAAAUAAUAUAUCUCUAAUAAAUGUUUUAUAUAAAGGAAAUGACUCUGAAGUUGGAGGAGUCUCUUCAUAUUGUGUGCAGUAUAAAUGAUUGAUCAAGAGCUACAAAAGGAUAUUAAAAACAUUAAGGUAUCAUUUCAACCUUUUGAUGAAAUCUAAUCAUCCAAAAACUAUAAUCAGUGCUGCGGAUAAAGGAAGCCUAAAUAUUUGUUUCUAACAAGCCAGCUGUUACUAUUUUCUUUUUUUUCAGUUAAUUACCAAACUGUGUUUAAUCAGGAGAUAUAUUCGUAUUAUUCUGUGUCUGGUUUAUGUACAACAUUUUUGUGAAGGUGUGUUUUGUACCAAAGACUCUCAUACAUAGAAUAUUAGCCCUUUUUCACAUAAAUAAGUGAAGUCUACACUGUGCCCAAAUGAAUGGUAUUAAAGACAGACUUGCCUAAAAGGAAUGUGCCUUGCUUGAUUAAGCAUUCUUUUAUUUUUUAAAUUCAAAGUGUUAGAUUUGCUAAUUAGCCUUUUAGGUUUUAGCGGAGCUUAACUUUACAAAGAUAUAUUAGUGCAUAUUAUAUGUUUAAGUGGUCUAUCAAUCUUUCACAUUUAGUUAUACUUUCAGCAGUUCAUGUAUGAUAUAUUCAUUUAAUUUAGUUUUCAUGGGAUGUUUGGCAUGGUGAGACAAAGCACAUUCUUAAAGAUGCUUGUAAUAUUCCAUCUAUUGUUUAUAACUUUUCCUUCAAAAUUAUAAUGUAAAAGUUUUCUUGACUCAUUUUCUAUUUUUAUAUUCUUUUAGAAAUGGAACUUUUUCAAUUAAAAAAAGUUUUAGUUGGAAGAGAUUUAGGAGAUCAUGAAGAUGGUUUUCCAUUUGGGGACAUUUCACUUCUGUGCCAUUAAUGUAUUUACUGUGACAUUUCAGCAGAAUGGUAGCUAUUUGUAUAUUAUUUCAUAAGCCUUAUGGAAAGUCAAACUGUGAAAAAUUAUUAUAUAGAACAACCUUUUUCAUUUUCUUAUUUUAUUUUAAAAAUGUACCUGAACAAAUGCACAAGUAACCAGUCUCCUGUUAUUUAGAUGUAUAACAAUGCUAAGUUAUAAUAAAAGCACUUACAGAAUUUCAAUUGCUAAAAUAUUUCAGUAGCAAAGCCAAGACUAUAAAUUUUUGGUUCUCUAUAGAAUGGAAUACAGGUGGCGAAUUUCAUUGUUAAUAUAUGUUUAAGAAUCAGGAACUAAAACAACUUUAUACUUGCUAGCAGCAAAACAGAUAGAUAGGAGAAGCAAUCCAGGUAACUUUCUUUGAGGCAACGUCUACAGUGAAUUUCUCACAAUCUACUGGUAAUUUCUUUGUUGUCCACACUUUGAGACAAGAUCACUAUAGGAAAAAUGAAAUAAAGAAAUGGCACUUAUCUCAGAUAUGAGCUAUGUGAAUGAACCUUUAAUCUAGAUGAUUUGUGAUUAAAGUGAAAUUAUAGCCACCACCUUGUCUUUGUUCUCUGUUAGCUCAUUUGGUGGAGACACUGGCCCAAAGAAUAGUCAGUCUAUUGCAGCCAACUUAAUCCUCAUAACUGAUGAUCACAGCCUGGAUAGCAGUAAAGUAAUCCAUAUGAGCUAUUGGAAUGAUUGAAACCAACUGACCAACUAUGCUACAGGAGGUCUCAGACAGUCAGACAUUUGAGUAAGGAUCAGUAGGUGUUCAAAAAAUAGACACAAGAGCUACCUUUGUAAAACCAUAAUGCCACAUCCUUAAGUAUUAUAGUUUAUUUAGUAUCUUAUCUGAAUUAUUGUUACAGGCUACAGUUUCAGGUAAAGACAAAACCUGGACUUUUGCAAUAAAAACCCAGAAUGGUGCCAGAGGAGUAAACUGUCAUACCAAAUAUAGUUCACAGAAUCGGUAGUAAAAAAUAGUACUGGUCUGUGUAACAGAAGACCAGAAUUUUUACCCACUCUACCUGUGGGACCUAGAUAAAUCAGUUGCCACUGCUAGGCUUCAGUUUCUUGAAUUGCAAGGUGGGCGUGCUGGGUUCAGUAGUCUCCAGACUGCUUCCCAGCCCCCAGAUCCUCAUUAUACACAUCUGAAAAAUGCUUUGAAGAAUACUUAAGUACUCAGAUAUUCUUAUACAGGAAAGAAUAAGUUAAAUAAGAAUUAAGCCUUGAAAGUGUCAUAAAUAUAUCAUUCUAAUUGAUUGUGAGAAGAAGAAAUAGGAUUCUUUCUCCUUUAGGAAUUUUCACUGAUCUGUAACAGGAUCAUGAAAAAGAAAAAAAAUCAAUCCUCAGAAUGGAAACAGAUUAAUAAAACAGCUAGAAAGGAAGGGAAUGUAUUUGUGAAAUUUAGUGAAAUGUAAAGGUGAUUUGGAAAGUGUAUAUGAAAUGCUGAAAACAGUACCCGAGCCUUAUUGUACACUCAAUGUUUUAAACCUAGGGGUAGGGGAAGGUGGGGAAACAGUGCAGUAGGAACAUUUUUGCCUUACCAUCUCUCGGUUUUGUUUUGUUUUUUACACAAGAAGCAGUUUGGUAGAGCUUAAGCAGGUGUCUGUGUUAUAGUGCUGGCUGUGCCAAGAACUCUCAUGUGCCCUAGGAAAGUCCCUUUAUCUUCUCUGAGCCCCACUUUCUUUAUCUGUAAAGUGAAGAAUUUUAAAAUUCAGUAAUCUGCAUGUUUAUUUUCACCUUUGAAAAUUCUAUAACUCUUUCAGAUGGUUGUAUGAGUACAUGUAUGAGACAUACAUAUGUUCCUUCCCUCUCGUCACUAAGAUGCCACGUAUUUCUACCCAAGUGACUGAAUAGAUUGCAAAUCCAAAUGUUCUUAUUUCUAAUGUUGACAGUUGACCUCAGCAAGACAUAAAAAGUUAAACCUUACUUUUAAUUUUGACCAUGGGUUAAUUAUUAUGACUUAUCGUUUUGUCUUUGGAUGCUGAAUUAGUUACUUAAACAGAAUGUCUGUUCACGUUAAUCUUCUCUUUAAAUUUCUGUAGUUUUUUAACAUGUAGCAAAUCAGAAUCAAAUAUGCUUACGAAUGAAUUACAGCUGACUGUAAAGUAUACUUUUGUCACAUAAAAAUAAUUAAUGCUCUUUUGGUCCCAGAAGCAAUGACUAUAAUUACAAAUAAUAUUCACAAAAUUUUGUGUAUUUUUUUGGAAUAUAAAUGAGGCCUAAUAGAGCCAUACUGUAAUUAAGUUUGCUCAGGAGUGGGAAACAAAAUUCAGGGAUAACCCAAACACAUCUGUUUGGCAUUAGAGGAUAUUGGGAAAAGAAGGAUUAUAGGUUUUGCACAACAUAGGUAAGAGGUGAUUACCUACUGAAAAACAAGAGUAUAUUCUGGUUCCUGAUUUUGUGGUAGAAAGACAUUAGGUUAGAAGGAUGCCAAAAUGUGGACACUAGAGAAAUUGCUCAAGUGAAGAAGUCCAUUUCAAUAAUACAGAAAUAUUUUGUCAUACUGAGAUUAUUUGUCCAGAGGUUUAGUCUUAUAUCCUUCCCAUUCAGAAAAGGGGGCAGUUUUCAAAGGCCUCUGUCAUAAUAGGAAAUGUAUAUUUUGGCUAGUGGAGCAAUUAAUUAAAAUAUUGAAUCUGAUAAUUUUGGUUUUGUGAACCUGAAUUUUCACUUUAGGUGUCAUUGAGUCUUUUAUGUAUUAGUGUGAUCUGUGAGAAGUAAUUUCAUCCUUUUUUUUUUGGUAAAGUUGUUAUUUGGUAAAUGGUGAUUCUAGCAUAUUGUGUUAAUACUGUAUCUUACAAGAACUUGUGAACUGAACUUACUACACAAAUCAUAGUAGUUAUCUCUUCUGGUAAAUUGUUUCUGUGGUGUGAUCUCUUAAUGCUGGGUUUGGGGUUGGGGAGGUUAAGCCUUUAGUUUACUUUAAACUGUCAAAAUGUUUUUCUUAAAUGCCAUAAAAUUAUAUGACUAUAAGCCAAAUAAUAUUCUUUUUUUUUUUUCAGUUUUAAGGGCACUGUAUAGACCAUUUUUGGAACUACCCCAUAAAAUGGUAUAAUUUAUGUUUAAAAGCUCCUACACACAUCUAUAUGUAUGUAUGUAUAUGUGUAUAUAUAUAUUUAUACACAUACACACACACAUAUACACACUCAAGGGAAAGCAAACAGUGAAUGUAGUAUUCCUAUGUAAUAUACUAGAUGUUGUAAGAACCCAUUUUUGAAGUCUUACACAGAUUAUGUAGAAGUCAGAGUAACAAAUACAUCUCAAUACUUUCAGAGAGACUCUAACAUUUAUUUAUUUCUAAGAUUUGUUUUAUGUCAUACUUUGCAAAAAUCAUUUUAUUUUAAUCUUUAAAAAAAGUCAUAUGAAGUUCUAAUACCAUCUGAAGUUUAGAGAUUAAGCAACCAAGGUUUAGAAAGAUCAAAUGAUUUGUCCAAGAUAAUAUGGCCAAUAAGUGACUUUAUAUGUCAAAUGCUUUUUAUGCUAUUCAUCCUCUGUCAUGUUAUUUUUAUCCUAUUGCUGCCAUUGUCUUUAAGACUUUGACUAAAGAAAAGUCUUCUCUUUUUUGGGAAAUUUCAGGUUUCAGCAAAAAUGCAUUGUUGCUGUUAUUGUCAGACCUCUUUAGAUACUUUCAACUAUUGUGCUUCCACAGGGUAUUAUCCAAACAUUUUUUCACUUAAAACAUAUUAAGUUCACACACUCUGACCACAGACACUAAAUUUAUUUGAUAUCAGAAAGCAAAACUGCAAAAUGAUCUUCAGUGAUCUUCACUGGCCUUUCUGAUUUCCCUUUUAAAAAAUCCAUCACAAUGACUGAUUUCUGAACAGUUGAAAGAAGCAAUAAUCAACCAAAGAAACUGCAGUCAUUCUGAUUCUGAGGGGGAAAAAAAAUCCCACUCUAGUAACUAUUUUUCAGCAUUUUCUAAAAAAAAUUACAUGUAUUCUGUGAUUAGUGGAAGACAAGGAAAAGAGAGUGGGGAGUAAAACUACCUUUAUUUUAAGAAAAUUCACUAUUUCCUGUAACUAUUCAAAGAGAAUUGGUUAUCAAGAAUAGAUAACAGUGUUAUUAACAUGUAUAAUUUGCUGGUUAUUUCUUUGUAGUGAAAAUAUUUGGUAAAAAUUUUCCAACAUAUUUAAAAAUUCACUUAAGGAUUUUCUCAGAUAAAAUUAAAAUCUAAUGACUGCUCAGUUUGAAUAUGGAAGGCAUUUAUGUGUGCUAAUCCUUGACACGAUACUACAUUUUUAUUAUUUUCUUAGACAACAGAAAGACACUGUUACUGCUUUCCCUUGUAAGUCAACAGUCUGUGAUACAUGCUGUACUUUUACUGAUCAGCAAUGCAGUGUUACUGUGAAUAUUUAAAUGGAACUUAUGCUUAUUAUAUCAGAAUUUAAAUUUUCGAACAUAAAAUUUAGUUCUCUUCAUCAAACAAAUAAGUCAAGCAAGUAUUAUUUUGUAUGGAAUGAAAUAAUUAUUCCUAAACAAUGACAAUAACAAUGAAAUUCAGAAUAAGAUGUAAAAUCAAACAUAUUUUAUAUUUUCCAUAUGCCUUCUUUUGAUAUUAAAUUGUGUUAACUUAUCAUAUAUUAAUGUAAAGUUAAAAUAAGAUCUUGUAUCAUGUUCUCUGAUGUUCUUGUCCUAAUAAUUUUGGGCCUUUUAAGUAAAUAUCAGAAAAUACCUGUGAGUUUUGAUUAUGUGAUAUUUUCAUCUGAUCUAUUUUUUAAAUGUGUCAUUGGAUUUUAAGUGUUUUCUUUGCAAAUGUUCCUUACAGAAUUCAAUAAAAUAUCCAAAAAAUCCUAUUGUUCAUAUUAA